AUGGCCUGGGUGCUCGCGAAACUGGCCUUCCCAUCAUCGUCGUUCUGUUCAACCGCUUUAAUCCACUAUGGGUUGUUUUUCUCUGUCCCCUUGCGACCUGUCUUCCAAAAGCUCCUUCCGGAAAGGCUCUACGAAUCCCUCGAUAUCGCAACCUAUGGCUUCGAGUUCCGACGCAAAUACUCUGUCUUCGAAAAAUACGGCCCAGCCUUCGUCCUCGUGACAGCCGGAGGCAAUGAACUCAACCUGAUCGACCCUGAACUGGCGGCCGAGGUUCUCAAGCGUAUCAAAAGAUUUCACCAACACAGAAGCUACCUGCUUGAUAGUGAACAUCUUUGGUCGCAACCUAAUUACCAGCCAGGGAGAGAGCUGGUCACGACAACCGGUCUAGUUUUUGGUGAAUCAUGUCGACCGGCCCCAGAGAUGCUGUCGUCCUACAUGGACGAAUUGAAAGGUGUGACGGAUGAUACGGCGCGAGGGAUGAAGACCAUUGCCUUCAAUGUUUUAAGUACCGUUGGCUUCGGCAUCUCACGGCCACGGAAGGAGGAAAAGGUCGAAAAGCCCAAAGGAGGAUAUAGGAUGACGUACAUGGAAGCUACAAAGACGGUGAUCGAGUUUCCCCUGCACACCAAGGAGAUGCUAGAAAACGAGCGCAGACAACUGCAGAAAAUUAACGACUCCGAAGCGCGAAGUACCCUCAUGAGCAUGCUGACGGGCGAAACCAAAACAACCAGCCUGUCCAAGAACUCCCAGAUCCUCUCAGAAGAAGAGAUCCUAGGGAACAUAUUCGUCUUCACAUCCGCGGGAUUCGACACAACGGCCAACACCAUGGCGUACGCACUGGCGCUGUUGGCCACAUAUCCAAAGUGGCAAGAUUGGCUGUACGAAGAAAUCAGCCAUGUAUUCGGCAACAAAGAUACGGAGAGCUUGGAAUACGCAGAGAUUUUUCUUCGAUUAUCUCGUUGUUUGGCUCUGAUGUACGAAACAAUGCGCCUCUUCCCACCCGUUGUGCACCUCGCCAAACAAACCAAUUCAGCCUACGACGUCUCCAUAACCACCUCAACAGGAAAAACUUACUACAUCCCAUCCCGCACCCUAAUUUACAUCAGCAGCGUAGGCCUGCGCCGCUCCCCGAGUACCUAUGGGCCCGACGCCUCCGAAUUCCGUCCUGACCGCUGGCUCAUUGACCCCACACCAUCACCCGGCGUGGCAACAAUCGUCAACAUCAAAACAAUGCCCAAAGGGACUUUCUUGCCUUGGUCACCCGGGCCGUGCUCCUGCCCAGGAAUGAAAAUGAGCCAGGUGGAGUUCGUGAGCGUGUUCAUGACAAUCUUUGGCAAAUAUAGAUGUGAGCCUGUCAAAAAUUUUGAAGGCGAGACAGAUCAGCAAAUCAAAGAGAGGUUCGAGGCUGUGAUGGAGAAUAGUCAGCCGAAGCUCACGUUGCAGAUGAUGGGGAAUCGGGAUUUGAAAGUUAAUUGGGCAAGACGGUGA